UAUCAACAUAUAACCACCACCAUGUCAGCAUGCAGAUGAUUUCAUUUGUCUGUGUUCAGUCACCAGCAUAACUCCACAGUUCUUGGUGUCUUAUGGGUCAUCGUUGCUCUUCUUGAAGGAAACUAUCAGACUUUUCUUGAUGUGUAAAUUCUAAUCGUCAGCAGAGCUGUUCACUAAAAUGUCAAGUCAAAGCAAGUUUCCAUCUCCGGUUUCAAAACAGUGCUGAUGUGGACACACAAUACAGUGUUUUCACCACAAUGUGUCACAGUUAGGUUUCCUCGUAGAGAAAAAAAAAAAAAGUUACAAAAGCUGCACACGCUCGCAUUUCACACCUUGGAUCACAUUAUGUGAAGAGUUACACACUAUGUGGCCAUAAUAAAGAUCACAAGUAGGAUGUUUUGUUUUCACCUCAUUAAAUACAUUUUCUCAGAAUCCUCUGAAGGUUCUCUACAAGAAAGAAACUUUCCCAGAACGCGAAUGCAAACAAAUAUUUUACGUAAAAGCAAAUCGUAACAGCAGCAGAAAAAUCUGAGUGGUUUCCAAGAGACUUUUUAUUUGUUAGUAUACUUUAAUGCCAUAUCAUAUUUGAUAGCUAUGUUUCUGAGACUUAUUUGCACCAAUUUAUGGUAAAACCUUGGCUCAACUUGGCUCAACUUGGCCUAUUGUACACUAUCCGAUGCUUAACUUCUACCCCUGGUAGAAACAAUAAAGAUCCAAUAAUGCACUACAAAAAUUAUGAAAUAUCACAUGGUAAUAAACAGUAAAUAAAACAAACAUUGUUUCUGUCAAUUAUUUAUUUACAUUUUGUUAAAGGCAGGAAUAAAAACCUCAGAUUAAAAAGAAUUAGACCUUUCUCCCCUUUCUUCUUGGGCCGGGCUUUAAAUGGUACAACAUGAAAAAAUUAACUUGGAAAAGUCCAAAUAAUUAAAAAGCAGUUUUAUGCUGAAAAGCAAUCUUUUCUCUGCAGUACAGAAAGAUCAUGCUGCAUCAGAAGCUCUUCAGAUGAAAAAUACUGGAAAAUAUCUGUUCAUAUUCUGCUUUACAUUACAGGUUGCAGCUUCUACAUACCAAAGCAGAAGCACAACUUUCCAGUUGACCUCUUCUAAUUUCAUUUACAGUCCUAAAUUAUUUAGGUUGAGACAUUGAGCUGAUAUGAGUUUUGUUGCACCACCAAUAAGAACCACAUCAUUUGUAAAUGAAUGAUCAACACUGUGGGAAACUUUGAACGCCUUUUAAAAAUGAAAAUAUUUCAUGCAUGCGUUCCUCCCAGCAGUGAAGCUGAGCGACCUGAGGAUAAAACACAGGAAAUGAAGGCUGCCUUUUAGCGAGCGUGGCUGCAGCGAAGUGGUUAGACACGCAGAAACAUGAUGGGCAUAGAAAAGCUGAUGAAACUGCUGCUGCUCACCAAUCUGCUCCCAACAGGUGUGAGGUGCGGAAAGGAUUCGGUGUUUGUGUACAGCACACUCAGAGGGGAGGCCCUCCUGCCUUGCACUGAUCUGGGCGGUGCCACCGACUGCUCCACCAUCGACUGGACCUUCUUCAAAGGUGGCCAGGUGCAGUACAAGGUGGAGGUGAGAGGGGGCCAGGUGUCGACGGACUCGGACAAAGCCAGCCGCAUCACCGUCACAUCCAACUGCUCCAUAAUUAUCAGUGACCUCAUCGUGGAAGAUGCGGCCUCCUACGUCUGCAAGCGGGACGGCCAUGCCAUUACUAACGUGUACCUUUCCCUCCUCAACAUCAGCUCGCCCUCCACCAUCACUGAGCUGCGUCCCGGAGGGAAGCUGGUCCUGAGCUGCACCCUCUUCACUUACUAUGACGCAGGGAGCUGCAAGUCCUACUCCUCCGGGGUGUUCAGCGUCCGCUGGCGGCAGGAGGACGGGACCGAGAUGCCCAACGAGGAAAGGUACAGUCUGAUUCAAAACACUCCCUGCAACAUCACUCUGGUCACACACCUGCGGAUGGAGGACAACAACAGGAGGUGGACUUGUCAGGUCAACACCACAGAAAGCAGCAAGGCAGCAUUUCUGGACUUCACUUCUUCCUUUUUGUUCCAAAACUCUCCCACCGCCCAGACUCUGAACAGUCCUGCAGUCAGUCAGGACUCUUCUGCUCAGCUGCCCAUCAGCCGCAUCGUGCUGUGCGUGGCUUUGCCGCUCAUGGUGAGCAUCGUGGGAUUCUACACGUGGAAAGUAGACCAUAAGAGGGCCAAGGUGUCAGCCGCUACCUUCGAGCUUUAAGAAAUCACUGACUCACCACCCCUUAACUGUUGUGUCUGUUUCCUUUUUUUAAAUAUGAAAACUUAAAAUGAAAUUUGGGUUAUGGAUGAAAUCUAACCAUGAUGAAUAAAAACUCCUUCAAGUCCUUUUCUUCUCUGAACUGUAAUUGAAUUUGGGAGGUUGAUUAGAGGACAAUGUGAGUUUAAAAGGAUCAUCUUACAAACAACUUACUGCCAUUUGAAGCAGAAAGGAUUGAAGAUUGUGGGUAGCAGUGGCCCAUGUUUUUAAGACAUGCUUACUACUGUGCAAUAUAUUUAAAAAGUUUUUAUUUUCCACAAUAUUUGACCAUCCAGUGUCAUCCUAAUUCCCAUCUGUGAGCCUGAGCAACUCAUCUUUUCUUCCUUUAUCAUCACAUAAUCAGAGAGCAAGACUUGUAAAGUAAUAGCAUCUUAAUUUAAACAUUCAGUUUAUUUAAACCAAUGUUAAAGACCCACCUGCUCUCUGCUGCAUUUAAAUAGUUUUUAUUUAAAAUUCAAAAUCUGCACUGUUUCUUUUAAACUUGAUCAUGUUUUAA